AUUAAUAAUAAUAAUAAUAAUAAUAAUAAUAAUAAUAAUAAUAAUAAUAAUAAUAAUAAUAAUAAUAAUAAUAAUAAUAAUAAUAAUAAUAAUAAUAAUAAUAAUAAUAAUAAUAAUAAUAAUAAUAAUAAUAAUAAUAAUAAUAAUAAUAAUAAUAAUAAUAAUAAUAAUAAUAAUAAUAAUAAUAAUAAUAAUAAUAAUAAUAAUAAUAAUAAUAAUAAUAAUAAUAAUAAUAAUAAUAAUAAUAAUAAUAUGUAUGAAAUGGAAACCAAUACAAACACAAACCGAGUGAGGAUAUUCGCUCAAACGUCGGUAGAAGCUGCGGCUACCGGCGCGGGCUCGUCUACGCAAAGAGAUGAGUCGCCAGUGGCACCACAAUUAACACAACAACAAUCUGCGACAAGUGCUGCCCAAGACACUCUUGGGACCACCAGAGCAGGCCGAAGUAGACAGCGUAUCCAAUGGACUAAUGAAAUGAAUGAAUAUGUCCUACGCUGCUACUACACAGUAACCCACUGCGAAGACCAGCAAUAUAGAACUUUAUACAGAAGGGCAAUGUACAACAUGUUUAUAGACCGUUAUGGAAGCUUCGGGAACAGAAUUAACGAAAACAACCUAGCCAGACGAAAAGACGCUAUUAUUGCUAACGAAUAUAUUGAACGAGACCGAAGGCAGAGGAUUGCAGCUGAAAUAGCAUCUCAGCUCGCUGAACCACCACCUGCAGCCCCAAUCACGAACCCUACAACCUCAAAUCAACAACCAGGCCAGGAGACCCAACAAAUCCAAACGUCACCAGAAUUAGAGCCAUCACAAACUAAUCCAGAUGUAGAUCACCAAUCGCCAUACAGUAACAUCGGUGCCACAGAACAAAUUAUCCAACUGUCUACACCAAACAGCACACAACACCUGAAAGAUUCGUUUAUUCUAGCCCAGAUUGAAUUCGAAGGAAUGGAUCCUUCCUUAAGGCCGAAAAUUCCAAGAAUCUAUGAAACCAAAAAACUUGAAGAAAUCCUGAACUCCAUCAAUUCGGAAAUUCUUCCCAAUUAUCUACACGAAGACAUGGAGAUCCUAAAUCUUAAUUCUUUAAUCUAUGUCUCCGCAGUUACAGCUAUUAGAGCCUUAGGAAAGAAUCCCAUUCCAUUACCAGAAAAUUUCAAUAGUAAUAGUCGCUCUUUUAUCCCAAAAUGGAGAAAAAGACUAGAAAUAAAAAUAGAGAAACUAAGACAAGAUAUUGGAAGACUAACAUCCUUUAAAAGUGGAUCUGGAUCAAGCAGGCUUCUUAGACAUAUAAAACAAAUAAUUAACCCACGACAUCUUUCAUCAAUUACUAUGAAUCAAAUUACUGAAAUACUCGACAGAAAAUGUCAAAAACUUCUGGCAUAUACUAAGCGCUUAAAACGGUAUACUGAAAGUAACAAGAGAAAAACCGAAAAUACACUCUUUCAACAAAACCAACGAACCUUCUAUCGGCAAACCUCUACACAAACGGAAAUAAGCACUAAUCCUAAAUUUCCACCAUUGGAUAAAACAGAAGAAUUUUGGAAGAAUAUAUGGAGUAAUGCUAAAAUGUAUAAUGAAAAUGCUCCUUGGAUAGCUGAUGCGGCAAGUCGUACUAAUCACAUAGCACAUAUGCAUCAUCAACUCAUAAGCAAAGAUGAGAUAUCGGAAGCUAUUUCCAUGACCAGCAAUUGGAAAUCACCAGGUGUUGAUAAACUACAAAAUAUAUGGUUGAAAAAACUCACAGUUACCCAUGAUCAACUAGCUAAAUGCUUCAACCACAUUUUACUACUAUCAUCAACCCCUCCACAGUUUUUCACAUCUGGCCUAACCUAUCUUCUUCCUAAAGGUUCUCCAUGUGAGGACCCAUCAAAGUACCGUCCCAUAACCUGCUUAUCAACAUCAUAUAAACUUUUCACUAGGAUUCUAACAAACAGAAUCUAUCACCACUGCUCCAUCAAUAAUAUCAUCUCUGAUGAGCAAAAAGGCUGUAGAAGGCAAUCUAUGGGCUGCAAGGAUCAACUUAUUUCUGACUCUGUCAUAACAGGACUAGCUCUGAGAAAGAAAAGAAAUCUCAGCAUGGCCUUUAUCGACUAUCAGAAGGCAUUUGACUCCAUGCCACAUAAUUAUCUUAUUAAGGUUCUAGAACUAUAUAAAAUACAUCCAACUAUAGUCAUGUGUCUAGCAAAUCUGAUGACAACAUGGAACACACAAUUAUGUCAAGAAAACUCUCUUAGCAAACCUAUCUUUAUAAAAAGAGGGAUUUUUCAAGGUGACUCACUUAGCUCACUUUGGUUCUGUAUCGGAGUCAAUCCUCUCAGUAACCUUUUGGCCAAAGUAAGAUCUGGAUUCACCAUCAGAACAGAAACCUUUGACCACACCAUUAACCACCUGCUUUAUGUUGAUGACCUUAAACUCUACGCCAACAAAAGAGAAAAGCUCUAUCAAAUGAUAGAAAUAGUCAAAAGUUUUAGUUCUGAUAUCGAAAUGGAAUUUGGCCUUGAAAAAUGCAAAAUGAUUCACCUGGUUAAAGGAAAAAUUGAUGACAAAAACGAAGGAUGCAAAAUUGACCAAGACAAAAUAAUUGAAAAUCUGCAAAAUGGUGAAUCUUAUAAAUACCUCGGAUUUCUGCAACUCAAAGGAAUCAACCAUUCCAACAUCAAGGAUAAAUUGACGUCUCAAUUUCGAACACGGUUGAAAAUUAUCAUGAAGUCAAGCCUUAAUGCGGGAAAUAAAUGCAAAGCCAUCAAUACCUGGGCAAUACCUCUGUUGACAUAUUCCUUUGGAGUUAUUAAAUGGUCUCCCACUGAUAUAUCAAGACUGGAAAUGCUAAUCCGCACGACGAUGACAAACUACAGAAGCCACCACCCACAAAGCGCAAAAGAACGAACAUCACUACCGCGUAAACUAGGUGGACUUGGCAUUGCAGAUCUUAGCCAGUUGCAUUAUAACCAAGUUAUGAACCUCCGUCAAUAUUUCCAAUGUAGUCACUCUCUUUUGUUAAAGGCAGUGGCACUAACUGAUGAAGGAUUUACCCCACUGAACCUCAGUUCGGAUACUCUACAAUGUCCACAAAAUGUUAAGAGUAUCGAUGAACAAAUCACCCAAUGGAAAUCAAAACCCAUUCAUGGAGUCCAUCCCCACGAACUGCAUAUGGAUCACAUUGAUCAGCAGUGUUCAAACCUAUGGCUUACACAGGGUAAACUCUUCUCCGAAACCGAAGGUUUUGUAAUAGCCAUUCAAGACAAAGUAAUAGGAACAAGAAAUUAUCGUAAAUUUGUUCUCAAAGAAUCUGUGGACGACAGAUGCCGACGAUGUGGAGAGAGUGGAGAAACCAUUGAACAUAUCAUAUCUGGAUGUAGUGCUUUUGUUUCAUUCGAAUAUACGCAUAGGCAUAAUAAUGUCGCAAAACUCGUGCACCAACAACUAGCACUCAAUAAUGGCCUCCUCACAGAGCAUUUGCCAUAUUACAAAUACGAACCUCUUCCUGUGCUUGAAAGUCAAACCAAAAAACUUUAUUGGGAUAGAAGUGUAUCUACAGAUCAACACAUUCCCGCUAAUAGACCUGACAUUAUAUUAUUUCAUAAAAGGGAGAAAAAGAUAGAGAUUUUUGAUAUAGCAGUUCCGCUGAAUCGAAACCUUCAGUCAACUUACUCCACAAAAAUUUCGAAAUACGCAGCUCUAGCAGUUGAACUAAAAGCAUUAUAUAAUGAUUCUGCAGUAAGCAUUUCUCCGAUUGUCAUAUCUGCUACUGGACUGGUACCUAAACAUCUAUGCUCAAAUCUGGAGAAGCACAAAAAUAAUAAUAAUAAUAAUAAUAAUAAUAAUAAUAAUAAUAAUAAUAAUAAUAAUAAUAAUAAUAAUAAUAAUAAUAAUAAUAAUAAUAAUAAUAAUAAUAAUAAUAAUAAUAAUAAUAAUAAUAAUAAUAAUAAUAAUAAUAAUAAUAAUAAUAAUAAUAAUAAUAAUAAUAAUAAUAAUAAUAAUAAUAAUAAUAAUAAUAAUAAUUAAUAUAAUAAUAAUAAUAAUAAUAAUAAUAAUAAUAAUAAUAAUAAUAAUAAUAAUAAUAAUAAUAAUAAUAAUAAUAAUAAUAAUAAUAAUAAUAAUAAUAAUAAUAAUAAUAAUAAUAAUAAUAAUAAUAAUAAUAAUAAUAAUAAUAAUAAUAAUAAUAAUAAUAAUAAUAAUAAUAAUAAUAAUAAUAAUAAUAAAAAUAAAAAUAAUAAUAAUAAUAAUAAUAAUAAUAAUAAUAAUAAUAAUAAUAAUAAUAAUAAUAAUAAUAAUAAUAAUAAUAAUAAUAAUAAUAAUAAUAAUAAUAAUAAUAAUAAUAAUAAUAAUAAUAAUAAUAAUAAUAAUAAUAAUAAUAAUAAUAAUAAUAAUAAUAAUAAUAAUAAUAAUAAUAAUAAUAAUAAUAAUAAUAAUAAUAAUAAUAAUAAUAAUAAUAAUAAUAAUAAUAAUAAUAAUAAUAAUAAUAAUAAUAAUAAUAAUAAUAAUAAUAAUAAUAAUAAUAAUAAUAAUAAUAAUAAUAAUAAUAAUAAUAAUAAUAAUAAUAAUAAUAAUAAUAAUAAUAAUAAUAAUAAUAAUAAUAAUAAUAAUAAUAAUAAUAAUAAUAAUAAUAAUAAUAAUAAUAAUAAUAAUAAUAAUAAUAAUAAUAAUAAUAAUAAUAAU